AUGGAAGACAGAUGUAAUUCCAUCAACAUGGGACCCUCAGGAGAAAAAGAUAAAGUUUUGUGUCAAUUGAGUGACUCGGACCACUUGCAACAUCCAAAUGAUCUGAAACCGAUGGCAGGUUUCAUGUAUAGGGGCACGGAGAACAAGUGUUGUUUCAACAUGUGCUACAAGAAUGCAACUUGCUUGGUUGGAUUUACGGACAAGGGAUACAAGUGUGUGUGUCCACCUGGUUACACGGGAGACCACUGUGAAAAAGAUAUAAACGAGUGUUCCACCAAAACCCACAACUGUGAUGUCAACGCUGAGUGCAACAAUACCGAAGGUUCUUUCAAUUGUAGCUGCAAGGUUGGGUUUAAUGGCGAUGGCAAAAAAUGCACAGCAUUCAAGGCCGUUUUUACAAACCUCAAUGCCAGUGGAAGAUUUGGUCCAACAAGGCUGGGCAGUCACUACACAGGACAGGAUCAUGAUGGACAAGUUACUCUGUCCAGCGGUAUUCAAAACUGGAUUGUGCCGCACACUGGUGACUACAGAAUAGAAGCAAUAGGAGCAGCAGGGGGGUACGAUGUACACGCUAACAGCACUCAGCACAAGGGAAGAGGAGCAAGAAUGAUUGGAACAUUCAGUUUAAAGGUUGGAGUCAUUCGGAUACUUGUCGGUCAAGAAGGAGGAAUAAACAAAAAGUAUCGCGGUUCUGGAGGUGGUGGAGGUACUUUUGUGGUGAGAGGAGCCAACACACCUUUGAUAAUAGCUGGAGGUGGAGGAGGGGUAAAUGCAGUUAGGUCAAGACAUGAAGGAUGUGACGCCAACACAAACACAGAAGGAAAUCCAGGAUACAAAUCAUGGUCAGGGGGGAGCACUGGACAUGGCGCACAGACCGCUGAUGAUGGAAAGUCAGGUGGUGGUGGUGGCGGGUUUUACUCCAGUGGAAGAAGCGGAAAAACUUUUGAUGGAACCGAAGGAGAGGGUGGAGAAGGCGGUAAGGGGUUUAUUCAGGGAGGGGUGGGUGGAAGAGCCAGGUAUAACGAUGUCGAUGGUGGGUUUGGUGGAGGUGGUGGAGGUGGUGGAUGGGUAGAAUCAGGAGGAGGAGGAGGAGGAGGUUACUCUGGGGGAAGCAGUGGAAAUGGUGAGUUUAAUUCCUGUGGGGGUGGGGGAGGCUCCUACAACGAUGGAAACAACCAGGACAAUGAAUGUUGUUAUAACACCGCUGGUCAUGGUCAAGUAAUUAUUACGUUCCUGGAGUAAAAAAGUUUAUCUACAGUGGUGAUAAUAGCAUUAGCAUUUAGCUUUUAUUGGUUAGCAUUCUAAUUGACGGAUGGCAUUCAGUUAAAAUAGCAAAUAACGUGUAACUAGUUGUGUAUCCUUCCGUGAAACACAAAUGUCCCCUAUCUUAUUUUUCAUUUGGUUUACCUUUAGCUAUCAUUUCUUUUAGUCAUUUAUUGAUUGGGCUCGACGAUAUGGGAGGGGAGGCCGAAGGAAAGGUGGUACAAAUCGCCAGCAACCUAAUCGAUACUUUAUA